GGGCUCAAUCGUUUAAAGUCGCCGGUUGCCGGGGGGAUCGCGACAGUUCGUGGAAACUUCGGCGAGAUUCUAACCAAUUAGAGGCAGUUUUUGUGUAGAAAUUGCAGUCACGAUGGCUUUGGAGGCGAUUUUGGGCAAAAAGUACAAGCUGGCCAGCAGCGAAAAGUUCGACGAGUACAUGAAGGCCGUGGGGGUGGGCCUGGUGACGCGCAAGGUGGGGAAUGCGGUGUCGCCAGUGGUAGAGCUGCGCAAAGAGGGGGACGAGUACGUUUUGAGCUCGAGCUCCACCUUCAAGAACACGGUGACGAAAUUCAAGCCCGGCGUCGAAUUGGAUGACGUCACGCCCGACGGCCGCCCGGUCAAAGCCACCUUCACGGUGGAGGGCAACACGCUGAAGGAGGUGCAGAAGGGCGCCGAUGGCAAAGUGACCACCAUCGACCGCAUCUGGACUGAUGAUGAAGUCAAAACGGUUUUGACCCUUGGCGACAUCGUUUGCACCCGAAUCUACAAGCUGCAAGCCUAAGGCGACCGUGCCCGAGUGCGACAAGGACGCCACAUAAGACACGACAGCGAACUGAUUUUGCUCCUACUACUGCUACGGAAUUCACAGUUUUUUAAGGUUUUUUACUCAAUGUAGUCGGGGUGUGGCCCACAGUGGGCUUCGCCCACCUUGAGCGGGCGGGGCCUGUUCAGGGCCUCGCCCCAGAACAAGCUGUUUUAUUUAGUA